GAUUUGUCAUGAGGUCCCCAGAAGAAGGCGCACAGACUAAAGCCACAAAAAUGAAGGAGAGGUGAAAAAUUAGUAUAAGAAACCAUGUGAAAGCUUUCCUCUAGCUGCCAUAAGCUCUGAGCUGAUGCAGUGGAAGCUGUAGCUCUCUGUAAACAAAAAAUGAGGGAGUUCGGAGGUUUGCAUAUUGAUUUUGAACGUUUUGGCUGGGAGCUGCAUAAGAAAUGGAAGCAGACGAGAGUGAUUGUUGUGGUGCCACUGUUGAGAGUUGCGGUGUUGAUUUGCCUGAUAAUGACACUCAUACUUUUGACGGAGAAGUUGUUUGUGGGUUUGGUUUGUCUUGUUGUGAAGGUGUUCGGAUUGAAGCCUGAGAAGCGUUACAGAUGGAAGCCAAUGAGUUCUGAGGCAUCGGAUUUGGAGGCUGGAGCUUCAUCUUUCCCCAUGGUUCUUGUGCAGAUCCCAAUGUACAAUGAGAAGGAGGUGUACAAGCUUUCAAUAGGGGCCGCAUGUAAUUUGGAUUGGCCGACAGAGAGGAUGAUAAUUCAAGUCCUAGAUGACUCUACUGAUCCAGUUGUAAAGGCAUGAA